AUGCACUUCUCACCAGCUCUCGUCCUCGCCCUUGCGGCUGCCGUUUCUGCCCACGGUGUGGUCUCUGAGAUCAAGGGCGCCAACGGAGUAACCAUGCCGGGCUUGACUAUCCAAGACGGAACUCCUCGCGACUGCUCUUCCAACGGCUGCGGUUCUCAGGCCGACACUGCCAUCAUCAGGGACCGCGAAAUCGCCAGUGGCAAGACUGGUCCUCUUGGUCGCACACAGGGUAACGGCAACGUUGAUGCUGCCGUUAUGGUUGGUGCCUUCAUGGGACAGGGUGCCGCGCCUCCUGCAAACAACGGUGCUUCUGGAAGUGUUGGUGUCGAGGACAACAUUCAACAGCCUGGCCAGAGGAAGCGCCAAUUCCUCAGCGGUCUUCUUGGUGGAGGCGCUGGUGGUGCUGGAGGUAACAAGGCCGGUGCUACUGGCAUCGCUGGACUGCUUGGUGGAGGUGGUGACAAGGUCAACGGCCCACCCGAGUCACGCGUUGCAGCCGCAGUAGGAGCGGGUGCCACAAGCGGCAUGCCCACAUGCGCUGACGACGGUACCGUCACCAUGACUCUGCGCCAGAUCAACCAGGACGGUGCUGGACCAUUCACUGCCGACGUUGAUGGUACCUCAGGCGGAACUGACGAGGCUGCCAUGCAGCCUGCUACCGUCACCCAGGACGUUCCUGGCCUCGGUGUUCAGGGCAUCUCGCUCGCCACCAACACCGAGUUUGCCAUGAAGGUACAGAUGCCGGCUGGCAUGACUUGCGACGCCACUGUCGCUGGUGUCAACAACGUCUGCGUUAUGCGCGUCCGCAACGGUGCUGCCGCGGGUCCCUUCGGCGGAUCUGUUGCUUUCACACAGGGUGCCGCCGCCAGGAAGCGUGCCAUCGCUUACAAGCUCAAGAAGCGCAUGGAGAUUGGCAACAAGAACUAA